AUGAGGGUGGGAUACGUGAAAAUUGUGGGUGGUGGGUACAUUUUGAUUCAACAGAACAAUGACCGAGCAGUUCUCUCCUCCAAAGACUCCAAUGACCCCAAAGACCCAGACUCCGUUAGUUGUUACAGGGCGUCCAAUCCAUCAAAUCUGCAGCAAGAAGAAGCACAACAAGCAGUUUUGGCUGCCGUACCACCAGUUGCUUAUGCGACAACAGUAGAAGUUGUAGUGGUCGAUGAGAAGAUCCCUGGGGUUCUGAUUGAUUUUUGA